AUGACCAGAAAAAAGUUUGUACCUCUUUUCACUGAGAGUGGAACUGGUAAUCGUAUGGUUGCUGUUUUGCCCGGCCGUCAUCCAUGUCAAUGUCUAGCAGUUCGUCACUCUCUUGUAGCAAACUGUACUAGCUGCGGUCGUGUAGUUUGUGAGCAGGAGGGACAGGGCCCCUGCUACUUUUGUGGGAAUUUAGUAUUGUCUGUGGAGGAUAGAAAAAAUGCAGAAGCGAAUACCAACGCUGCACGGAGGUUUAUUGAAAAAAUUCGAUCGGUGCCAUGGGCUCCUGGCACACCGCCGCCUCCUUGGACCAUCACGCGAAAGCUCUAUCGGCGUUACGGUUCUCGAUUGAAGAACAAACCAAUGAAAGAAGAGAGUGAAAUGUUUGAGAGUGGACAUGAAAAUCCAUUGAAUGAAUCCGAACCUGAGGGACAGGGAGAUUGGCUGGACGAUGAAGCAGAAAUGGAACAUCCUCAAAAUGCUAAUGCUCAGAGUCGUCUAGAGGAAGGCAUGGAAUUUUUAUUACCUUGUUACUAG